CCCAAAUUGAAUUUCUUCAAAAUCAUUUGCAGAAAUGGCUUCCAAAUCUCUAAAACCUCCAAAACAACCACCAAAAAACCCUAAAAAACAAUGGUCACUCAACGAUUUCGAGAUCGGAAAACCCCUCGGAAAAGGCAAAUUCGGCCGUGUAUACCUCGCCCGCGAAGUUAAGAGUGGAUUUAUAGUGGCCUUGAAAGUCAUAUUCAAGGAGCAAAUAGAGAAAUACAGGCUGCAUCAUCAACUUAGGAGGGAAAUGGAGAUUCAAACCAGCCUUCGUCAUCCCAAUGUACUGAGGCUAUAUGGUUGGUUUCACGAUGAGGAGCGGAUUUACUUUAUUUUGGAGUAUGCUCAUGGCGGUGAGCUGUAUAGGGAGCUAAGGAAGACCGGUCGCCUGUCUGAGAAACAAGCUGCCAUAUAUAUUGCAAGUCUCACACAAGCACUAGCGUACUGUCAUGAGAAGCAUGUUAUUCACAGGGACAUAAAGCCAGAAAACCUGUUACUUGAUCAUGAGUUUGAACCGUCUACCCUUUCAUUUUGGCAACACUGA